AUGCUUACUAAAAGCAAUGAGCGUGAGCCAGAAAUUCCAGAGAUUACCCCUGAGGAAGAAGCAGCUCGGAAAGAGGCGGAGAAGCAAGCUAAAGAACAAAUAGAAAAAUCCAAGUUUAAACCUGUUGCAUUUGCUGUUCGUUCAAAUGUCAACUACACUCCAGGAGAUGAUGAUGGUGUUCCUGCACCUGGCACAGGUAUUGCCUUUGAAGCUAAAGACUUCCUUCAUAUCAAAGAGAAAUUCAGUAAUGACUGGUGGAUUGGGCGAAUGGUGAAAGAAGAAAGUGAACUGGGCUUCAUUCCCAGCCCAGUGAAGCUGGAGGCCAUCCUGAUUAAACAUGAACAGCAAGCCAGAAAAGCAAAGAUACAGGCCAGUAAAGCAGCAGCAAACUCCAAUUCCUCAUCAGGGGAGAUGGUGCCUCACCAAAAGAAAUCUGCUCCUCCUCCUCCUCCACCCCCACAACACAUCCCAAUAUAUGAUGUUGUGCCUUCAAUGAGACCUGUGAUAAUGAUGGGGCCUUCGCUAAAAGGUUACGAGUUGACUGACAUGAUGCAAAAAGCACUCUUUGAUUUUCUGAAACACAGAUUUGAAGGGAGAAUAUCAAUCACACGGGUUACAGCUGACCUCUCCCUGGCCAAAGGCUCUGUGAUGAACAAUCCCAGUAAACAUGCACUAUUAGAUCGCUCCAGUCUCACUGAAGUUCAGAGUGAAAUUGAGCGAAUAUUUGAACUGGCACGAUCCCUGCAACUGGUGGUAUUGGAUGCUGACACAAUCAACCACCCAUCUCAGCUGGCCAAAUCUUCCCUGGCGCCCAUUAUCGUCUACCUUAAGGUCAACUCUACAAAGGUUUUACAGCUGCUGAUAAAGUCAAGAGGCAAGUCACAGUCCAAACACAUGAACGUUCAGAUGGUUGCUGCUGAAAAACUGGCUCAGUGUCCGCCUGAAAUAUAUGAUGUAAUAUUAGAUGAGAACCAGUUGGAUGAUGCAUGUGAGCAUAUUGCUCAUUAUCUGGAAGCCUACUGGAGGUCAACCCAUCCUGAUGGCUGCAGUCCUCCAAAUCCACUCCUGAUGGACCUAGCUGCAGCUACGUUGCAGGUUGGGGACAGUGCUGCCCCUAUCUCUGAACUGCAGGAACAGGUACCAGUCUCCAAGAUCAUAUCUGUUUUGUGA